AUUAAUUGGAAUAACAGUAGGUGUAUUUAAUACGUCUCAAAAUACAAAAUACUAUUAGGGGUCGUUUGGAUGGAAUAUUUGUAUGAGUUAUUUUUGAGUUAUUUGGAUACAAAUAACUCGUUUAGUAGCAAUUUACUGAAAUGAGUUAAUUUGACAGUGAGUUAUUUACAAAUAACUCAAUGAGUUAUUUGAAAUAACUCAUACUCAUGUGUUAUUUCGAAAUAACUCGUUUUUACCACUCUGCUUUUACCAAAUACCACAUUUACAUGGUUCAACCAAACGAAAUACUUUAUUUCAAUUACCAUUGAAAUAACAGUGCAAUACCACACGAACAAUAAAUGAGUUAUUUGACUCUACAAAUACCACAUCAUCGACAAUUAACUCAUCCAAACCACCCCUUAUUCUUUCGUAAACAACUUUGAUCGAUCCGCAGCUCAGAUCCGAGUUUUGACUGCAGCAGAAAGGAAUAAGGUGACAAGAACCGGAUUUCUGCUAGCAUCCAAUUGCGUUAUUUAGCUCAAUCAGUUUGCCCGUCUUCUAGCCGUCGAGCCGACCUUGGGGCAUCACUCUGCUGGCCCAGGACAGAUAUGAGUUCAACCAAAUUCAAAUCUCUGUUCUUCUUUCUCCCUUUAUUCUUCAUCAAUCAACAAAACAACCCAAAUUCAGUAUCAAUUGUCCAAUUAAAAUUAAGGAUCCCCCACCCCCACACCCUUGAAAAAUACCGGUCAGUGGUCAUGAAUCGUUCAGAACCACGUCCAGAGGGCAGUCAAUUCAUGUUACUAGCAGAGACAAUCUCCAGGUUUCCAGAAUGUAUAAAAACCGUCUCACAUCUCAAACAAUCUCAGAACCCAAAUCAACUAAAGCCAACCGAAAGAUAAACAAAGAAGAAAAGGAAGAGAUAAUUGCCUUUAGAUAAUUCUGUACCCUCGCCGGAGACAGAGCAACUUAGUUCUGCUAAUCUGCAGGUGCACACACGAGUCACGACUAUCAAAGAGAUGGGACAAACUCCACAAAUCCAACUUCAAGUUCUGGGUGACCGUCAUCAAUAUGAUCAUUAUGAACCAAGCAAAGAAGAGAUCAAUGUGCCAUUGGCCAGCAGUUUGAAGAAGAAGCAGGACACCCCGAAAGACUUCUGGUGGUGGCUCAAAAUCGCGCUCUACACCGUAGGCGUGCUGUUGGGACAAUCCGCUGCGCUUCUACUUGGAAGGCUCUACUUUCUCAAAGGAGGGAACAGCAAAUGGAUGUCAUCAGUGGUCCAAGUCCUCGGCUUUCCGGUCCUCAUCCCCUUCUACCUCUUCAUCACAAUGAAAGAAGGACAGAAAGGAGUGGCAAUCGACGACGAGGACGACGACGAUAGAAAGCCUCCAUCUCCCUAUACUCUGGGCGCGAUCUACUCAUCUAUCGGCUUAAUCAUAGGGCUCAACUGCUUCCUCUACUCCGUCGGGCUGCAGAACCUCCCUGUCUCAACUUACACAUUGUUGUGCGCUUCUCAAUUGGCAUUCAAUUCAUUCUUCUCCUACUUCAUCAACGGCCAGAAAUUCACCCCGUUCGUCGUCAACUCCCUCGUCCUCCUCACCAUCUCCUCUGUUUUGCUCGUGUUCAACAACGACGACACGAGCUCCUCGUCGUCCACGGGGCCCGCGAUCUCGAGGGUCAAGUACGUCAUCGGAUUCCUCUGCACAUUGACGUCAUCGGCGCUUUACGGCGUCGUGUUGUCCGUCACGCAGUUCGUGUUCACAAGAGUUGUGAAGCGGCAGACGUUCAAGCAGGUGAUGGAGAUGAUCAUCACGGAGAAUGUGGUUGCCAGCGUGGUCACGGUUGUGGGGCUUUUCGCCAGCGGGGAGUGGAGGUCCAUCGGCAGGGAGAUGGAUGCGUAUCGAUUGGGGACGGUGCCGUAUCUGAUGGUGUUGAUCUGGAUCGCCGUGUUCUGGCAGAUGUUUUCCAUUGGAGCUGUGGGCUUGAUAUUUGAGGUGUCUUCUCUGUUCUCCAAUUCGAUAAGCGCGGUGGGACUGCCCAUUGUGCCCAUCAUGGCGGUCUUCUUUUUCAACGAUAAGAUGAACGGGAUCAAGGGGGUUUCCAUGGCGUUGGCCGUCUGGGGAUUUGUUUCGUAUGUGUACCAGUAUUACGUGGAUGGUCAGAAAUCCGACAAGAAGACACUAGACGAGGCCUCUUCUUAAAGUUCCUGAUGGGAAAAAAAAAAUCUCUAGGUAACAAUGUGUCUAUUCAUUAUUCUGUUAUUGUAGUUGAUUUCCCCACCCCAAAUUCACAAUUCAAUUAUGUAAGGAUCACCAAAUUUAUGUUAUUGUUGUUGUUAUAAUAAAGAUUCACAAUGAAGUCUGUUACUUGUUAAAGUUGUCGAUGUGUUCCGUGGGUUAUGAAUUAUGGUCAUUUAGGUGGCCUGAAAAAUCACCGGACUCAACAAUUGUUGUUUUUUUCACUGAUAAGAAAAAUGAUUUGUAUAUCAGAAUCGACAAUGGGUGUUGUCUCCUUAAGGAAAAAGGGGGGAAAAUUGAGUUUGGUCUAUCUAAAGAGAACAAAUAAGUAAGACCUGU